UGUGGCAGACUUCAUAGAACCUUUAGCCUUCACCGCAAUUUAGAACCCACUCUUUGGCCGGAGUCUGUCUAAAAGUGACCCGUGUAAUUGGAUAUACCACUAUUAAAACAAAAUUCAAGGAACUUUUUAUUCAGGACCUAUCAGGGGAACAAACCAAAUCCAACAAUAAUAUGGGAAAGGAAAAUGUCUAUUUGCUCACCUUUUGGAUAACUUUGUCAAAAAUUUGUGCAAUCCUUUCUUUCACCAAUGACCCAACUUUUCUAGGUAACACCACAAAGAGCCUAACGCUCUCCACCACUCCGGAUUGGCUCUUGGACUACACUGACAUUGUGUCCAAGUUCUCUCUCCGCACAGCUGACACCCCCGAUGACGACCUAUGCUACCUUGUCCCCGGCCAACCAAAGACCAUCGCAGAGUGUGAGUUCAACCCUGACACACAGACCUUCGUCAUCAUCCAUGGCUGGACGAUCACCGGGCUCUUUGAGAGCUGGGUGCCCAAGCUGGUGUCUGCCCUGUAUAAGAGGGAGCCCAGUGCCAAUGUGAUCGUGGUGGACUGGCUGACCCGCGCCCAGCAACACUACACCACCUCCGCCGCCUAUACCAAGCUAGUGGGCCGGGACGUGGCCAAGUUUGUCAAUUGGAUACAGAAGGAGCUCCAGUACCCCUGGGAGAAAUUGCAUCUGUUGGGCUACAGCCUGGGGGCCCAUGUGGCAGGCAUAGCUGGAGCCCUAACCGAGAACAAGGUCUCCAGGAUCACAGGUUUGGACCCGGCAGGACCCAGCUUUGAGUACGCCGACUCGCAGAGCACGCUGUCCCCAGACGACGCCGAGUUUGUGGAUGUGAUCCACACCAACACCCGGGGCUCCCCCGACCGCAGCAUUGGCAUCCAGAGGCCCGUGGGCCACAUCGACAUCUACCCCAAUGGAGGCACCUUCCAGCCGGGCUGCGAUCUCCAGAACACCAUGCUGAUGAUCGCCUCCUCCGGCUUCCAGAACAUGGACCAGAUCGUCAAGUGUUCCCACGAGCGCUCCAUCCACCUGUUCAUCGACUCCCUGGUGAACGCGCAGCUCCAAAGCAUGGCCUACCGCUGCAGCACCAAGGAAGCCUUCAACCAGGGCCUGUGCCUCAGCUGCCGCAAGAACCGCUGCAACAAGAUGGGCUACAGCGUCACCAAGGUGCGCAUGCCGCGCACCGCCAAGAUGUACCUGAAGACGCGCGAGGCCAUGCCUUACAAAGUUUUCCAUUACCAAGUGAAGGUGCAUUUCUUCAGCAAGAAUGAAAUGAGCUUCAGCGAGCAGCCUCUCCGAGUGUCUUUGUACGGCACCAACGCAGAGAAGGAGGACAUCCCUCUCACCAUGCCCUUCCUGAACGGUAACAGCACCCUCUCCUUCCUGCUGACCACCGACACGGACAUCGGCGAGCUGAUGAUCGUCAAGCUGCGCUGGGAGAAAGACGCGCUGCUCAGCUGGUCGGACUGGUGGGGAAGCAACAAGUUCCACAUCCGGAAGCUUCGCGUCAAGGCCGGGGAGACUCAGUCCAAGGUGAUCUUCAGGUCCAAGGAGGGAGAGUUUGCGUACCUCAGCCGAGGGGGCGAGGACGCCGUCUUCGUCAAGUCCAAGGAGGCAACUCUGAGCCGCAAGGAGAGGAGAAUGCACAGGCUGAAAACCGAGGGAAGCCGUUUCGAAGAGAAUGAUGCUUAUAGCACUUGAAUCGAUCGAGCCCCCCCCCCUUGCCCCCACCAUGUCCGUCCACAACAGCCAAAGCUGAGCAGGACGAGUGGGAGAACUUUCUUGCACAGUUACAGAGAGGAUACGAGACUUAUCCCCUUCGCUGCGUGCCUCUGCUUUCCUCCUGUCCAAUGUCAUCCCUCCUUCCCCUCCUCCCCCUCCUCCUCUUCCUUCCUUCCGCUCCUCCUCUUUCCUGUCCUCCGCCUUCUACUCUUCCUCCUCCCUUUUCUCUGCCUUCUCCACGCUCCCAAGCACCGCCUGAACCACCUUGUCCCGCUUGGAGUCUGCUUUGUGUUUCUGUCUUUCAUUCAUCGUUUCACGCAACAGUCCAACCACCCAUCCAUCCCUUUAUUUACCAAUAUCCAUGGCAAAUGUUACGAUCGCCUCGACCAUACGCCAAGAUUUUGUCUUUGAGAACACUGACUAACUUCCUUUUGGCAACAUAUCGUUUUAAGUCCUUCAUUCUUGCUGUUUAUGUCUGCCUUGUUUGAACUGUGGAUGUCUCUACAUCUAGGUAGUAUUUGCCCAUGUGAGCUUGAUCAAUUGUUAAACAGGUGGAGAGUGAUAGGCAUUGUUUGGCACAUCUCUAUUCAUGCUAAAACAAUCAUGGCUAACGUCGCUUAUGUUUAUUGUGCCGCAACCACUAACGCUACAUAUGCUAUAUCACAUUGCGGCCCAAAGAUAUUUAGCUCUUCUUUGUGUAAAUAGCUUUUCUCAAUCAGUAUUAUAUAUAUAUGGGGAAAACAUUUGUUUAUCGAUGAGUGAAUGCAUGCUUGUUCUUGCUUGGUUAUUGUGUCUGGCACGGGUCACUUUAAGGGCUCUCUGUACCCCGCAAUCCCAGUGGAACAUUCUUGAAGGUCAAAGAAUGACAUUGUUUGUUUUGGAAAUGUUUUUUUUACCCACAUAGAUCUGAGGUCAUGUGCUAAAUUCUGAUUCCCUAAAGUACCUAUAUGUCCUCCUAAAUGGGUCAAUGAUGUAAUGUGUGAAGUUCACUAAAAUGCCCUUGUUUUUGAUGGGUCAAUCUGUUAUCUGGAACAAAAUAAAUCAAAUGUGUAAAUGUAAAGCCUUUUGCAGUCACUGCAUUGUAAUCUGUGAACAAGUCACUACAUUGUAAUCUGUGAACAACCCUACAUAAUAACCAUAUUACAUCCAGAGAAUAUCUCAUUCUAUUUAUUGAAUGUACCUGUACAUGUAUAUAUUUGUAUAUUAAGCUGCAAUAUAUUUGGCCAAGUUUCCAAUGCUGUCAAUCUGUGUUUUUUUAGAAGAAGCAUUGUGAUUUUGUUUUUUGCACGCGUGGCUUUCUGUGUAGCUGAUCAAAUCAGACUCCAUGGACGGUUUACUUUAAUGAACUGAAAUGCAGUGCACUGUAAAAACAACAUCAUACUUUAAUAAAGUGAAUCCAAUCCACA